GUUUAUUUUGGUCUGGUUUCGCUUAUGAUCGAAGCCAUUAAAUAUUUUUGUGUUGGACUUUUAAACUAAUAUUGAACUAAUGGAUUCUGUGGAUCAGUCGGAGUUUCUUCAAAGCUGGUUUGAUUUGAGCAAAUCUGAUUAUGCUAAAGUCAUCUUCUGUGAUUUAUAUCAUUCUCCGGAAGAGGGUGCAGUCGGUUGCCGUUUCCAGAUCACUGACAAUGUUCACGAAGAUCCUUGUGAUUAUGUAGGCCUUUUCCGCGUUGGUUAUGAAAGCCUGGAGCAGUGCAUUGCAUCUAAGAUGCUAUGUGAGACAGAAUGUGAAGAAGAUGGCAAGCAACUGCGAUGCAUUUUUGAAAGUGAAGACCUUCCUGAUAUUGAUGAUGGAUUUUAUCAGUUCUUAUAUAUCACUCGUGACAAUGAAGUAUGUGGAGCAAGUAUGCCAUUUGAAAUCAAAAAGAUUGCUGCUGAAGAAGCUUCCUCUGAUGAAGACAUUGUAGCAGAAAAGGGUGAAGAAGAUAUCAAUGAUUUCUUAGUUGUUCGCUCUAAUCUUGUGGAGAAAAACCGCAGUUUACGAGCAUUAGUAGACGAGUAUCGUUCCCAAAAUGAAGCUUUAGAAGCAGAACUAAAAAAAUUAAGGGAAGAAAAAGAGAAAGCAGAGAAAGAAGAUGUCAUUACAAACUUGCACCAAGAAAUUAUGUGUUUGAGUAGGCAGUUGUCUAUGGAAAGAGCUAAAAUGGACGGUUUGAAUUGCACUGUUUUAAAAUUAACAAAACAAGUAGAGCUUGAGACAAAAUAUAAAGCAUGUCUACAGGCUGCCAAAAAUAAACUUUCAGAUGACAAAGAGCAGUUACAAAGAAUUAUCAAGGAAAAAGAUGAUGCUUUGACUCGACAGAUACAUACUUUAGGACAAGAUAAAAACAUAUUACUAGAACAAAUAGAGGACAGUCGUACCAUGAUCAGAGCUCUUGAGGACAGCAAGUUAUUGGCUCUAAGAGAGAUGAAUGACCUUACGAAAGUAAUUGGAGAACGAAAUAAACUAUUGAAUGAAUUGAAAAGAGAGAAUGAUGAGUUGAAAUGCAGGUUAGAUGAUGAAAUUGCUGUGAAUAUAAAGCAAAAAAAGCUUAUUACUGAACUGAAAUGUGAACAUCUCGCUUUGGUUCUCAAGCUUGAAGAAACUGUUACAGAUAAUCACAUGAUAAAGGAAGAACAGAAUUCUAAUAAUGAUGAAAAUGCUGGAAAAAGUGCUGCAUCCGUGGAUAGCAGAAAGAAGGAAGUAGAAUCUCACAGGGGUCAAAGCGUUAAUAAUGAAGAAACUGAUUCCAAUAUUGUUGAUAAAGACUUAAAAAUAGCAGUGCAAGAAAGAAUAAUUGAAGAACUAAAACUUCAUAUUUCCAGCCUGAUGUUCCAAGAAGACAUGAAACAAAUAGGAGUAGAAAAUGUUGCUUUGGAUAAAAAUCCUACAGACUGCAAACAUACUUCAGCAACUAGUCCUGAACAUGCUAAGCUCCUAGCUGAAAUCAACUGCUAUAAGCAAGAAAUUGGAGUUUUAAAAGAUGUGUUGAAGAAAAAGAAUGAAGAACUUGAAAAGAUCACUGAUGAAAAUUGCAAUUUUCAGUCUAACCAGCUGCAGUUGGAUGAAAUGGUAGUUGAUUUGAAAUCACACUGUGCAGAGUUACGUUCUCACAUUGCUGAUAAUGAAUCUUCUAUCUCAAAGCUUAAAGAGGAAGGCCUUAAGAAAGAUGCUGUUAUUGAGUAUCUGAAUGGAGAAAAGAAAGAGAUAUUGACAUCUCAAAAGAAUGUAUGUGUCACAUGUGAUGAUAUGAAAGCAAGGUUAAAAAUUGCUGCUGAAUUGUACAGAAGGCAAUUUUUCGAAAUAAAAAAGUUGAAGAAAAAGCUACAAAAGGCAAAAAAUGGAUCUCAUAAAGUAGAUGUACUUCUGCAAAAUUCAUCUGCUUCAGAGAGCUGUUCAGAGGAGCUUCCAUUUGUUGAAACUUUUCCAGGAUUAGCUUGUAGCCAUUCGUCCAUUCAUAAACCAAUCAGGAAUAGUGAUUCUGAUACUGGCGAGCAUGUGAUUGGAAAUUUGGCUGGAGUACCAUCUAAUGAAAAAAAUGCAGAGUUUCCUAAAAUUACUUGGUCAGAUAUUCGUUGUCUUGAUCCGAUGAAUGAAGAUUGUCACAAAUUGGAAGCUGUUACAGUAAGAAAAAUUUCCUUCGGCAAAGCUUUUGAAAAUGAGUGUUGCUUCAAAGAAGUUUCUGCAGGCACAAAUAAUCUAUAUCCUGUACUUUCAAGUCUAGAUCAUGUCCAAAAGAACACAGUUUUAGCAGAUCAGCAUAAAGUUACUGACCACAAUUUGUCUGCAUCAAGUAAUAUUUCUGCCGAAUGUCAGACUGUGCCAUGUGCAAUUUGUCUGAGCCCAAUUUCCUCAAGCUCCCCAGAUGAUAUGGUACUACACUUGGAGAAAGAGCAUAAGCAACAAAUGUGUCCUAUGUGUGGAAAACUUUUCGACAUGGAUUUGCCUUUCAAGUAUUUUCUUUUCCAUGUAGAGGACCAUUUCCAAGGCAAUUGAGAUCUUUCAAGAAUGUCAUUUUUCAGACUUUUCGGAUUUGUGAAUUCAGAAUUGGGAGAAAAUAAACAUUGAUGUAUGAGCAAGUAAAGGUAGUUUUCUUAGCUUGCAAGUUUUUUUGGUAAAAGUGGCAAAAAGUGAUCAUAUGCAUUGUUAUCUAUGUAAAAAAUUGAAAUUUUUUUACAAUUGUUUACAAUUGUAAUAAACAAUUAACAACAAUUGUAAAAAUACAAUUUUAUUUGUUUUCUCUUUAUUUAUAUGUAAAAAACAUUUACAACAUAUUUAUCAUAAAUGUUCAAAGAAAUGAUAUAGCUUUUAUUAUAUUUAUA